AAACCACAGUUGAAUACUAUUAUCAGUUAACGAGAAGCAUCUCGUGCUGAUGCACCAUUUCGCGCGGUAAAUAGCAGUACUUGCCAUAUACAAAUAAAUAAACUGUGAAAAGUGAUAGUAACUGUUUACUGAAUAUGUAUAUGCGGACAUAGUAAUUCGUCCGUAAUUUUGAGUUGCUUAUACGACACGUUGUCCCGAAAUACUGUUUGAAAUUAGGACCAACUGAGUCUCCAUGCGAAGUGGAAAUAGAAGAAGCAAUUAGUGUAAACAAAACAUCAGUUAAGAGUGUGAACUUUGCGGUUUAAUUAGCGAAGUGACGUCACGGAAGCGAUACAUUUUUGUAGCGACUAUUUUAUUAAAUCCGAGUGCGUGCAAUAGCUAACCAACAUUUUCUGCGUUAUGAAGUGUUGGAUUUAGAAUUUCAAACGGUUAACUGAAACAAUUACAAAAAAGCUUUACGAAAUGUAUAUUUAUUUUUUUUAUAUACUUAAAAAUGUUUGUUUAUACAAUAUUUAAAUAUAUAUCCGCAUAUUAUCCAGAAGAAAUAGCGAGAAAUGAUAUUUUAAUUAUCCUAAACCAUUUGAAAUUAUACUUACCAAAAAUUGUAUAUUGUAUUUUUGACUACCCUGUUGCAUGGCAGAAUCAUUAUAUAAGUAAACCUAUUUAUCGUAAGUUAUAAAGUCGAUUAAUAGAAGUAAAUCUGGAAUAAUCUCUAGAAUAACACUUUAGAGGCUAUUAUUUAUUUGAUAACUGGUUAGCUCUUUUAGUUCUUUGAUAUGACAUACAUAUCAUUCAAAGAAGAAGUUUUAAAUUUAGUUUCGAAAACGAUUUUUUAAAAGUAACUAAGGCGUGUUUUUGAACGCAACCUCUUAAAAUGAGAAAAAAACGCGAAAAUGUAUAUUUCAGCAGACUUCCUCUAAGUUUCACAAAUCACAAAACAAUCGCAUUUCCAUGAACCCAUCUGGUAUAUACAUAUUCUUCUCUCCGCUGCAAUUAGUAAAUCAUUCGUACUUUUCAAAGAGAAAUAAAGAAAACCACAGAAUAAACAAAUAAGUAUAUAAAAAUAAUUCUAAGGCAAAGUAAAUAAAUUUAAAGAAAUAAAAUGUUCAAUUAAUUCCAUUAUUAAAUAAUGGGAUUUAUAUUUGGUUAUUCUCAUAAAAUCCUCGAAACCCGCGUUGAACGAGUUCAGUAGUGCACAAUCAUAACAGUAAAACAAAAUAAACAAUAUGCAGAGUUACUUCGAAAUUUCGUUGUUCCGAUUUAUUCACAAGCAGUGAUUGAAUUAACUUGUGAUGAAAUUAGAUAUAUUGCAUAUCGAUCUUGCUCAAUCUGAAUUUGACUGGGAACCAUGUGAACGUUACCACUUCUUUCUUCUUUGAUAUAAUGUGUACUAUAUAUAGCAGCAGUCAUUAAUUAUUUCAUACUUCCGAACCAAUAUAAAGAUUUAAUGGAUUUGAAAGGUAUGACUACUUCUAACUGGUGGAUUCUAUUCGGUGUUUUAGUAAUCAUCCCAGGUUCGACAUUGAAUGUUAUCGAGAGGGCAGCAGGGACGGCCAAAAAAACCGUGUCAGCUACUUCAAUACCACUGGUAUUAAAACCAGUCAUGCCAGCUAAUAUGGAAUUAAAGAUGGAUACUAACAGUUUAAAAACGCAUCGAAAAGCUAAAGAAAUUUCUAUGGCCCGUCCAAUGAAUUCGGAAGAGUCGACGUCAGUGCCAACACUAGCGCGGCAACUAAGUUUGGAUAAAGGAGUGAAAGUAAAGCCAUCACUGACGUCAUUAACAAUGAAACGGCAACAAAUAGAGGAAUUAUCUCGUCAAGGCGUUCAAGGCAACAUACAUAAAGCGUCUGAACAUGUUAAAUUUUCUAUUAUCCCUACAACAACAUUAACUAAAGCAUCAAUAAACAAUACGACAAUCGGAUCCUUAAGUUUGACAGAAACUGUCCGAAAGCUCAGAGGAUCAACAACAGAAAUGACAUCGAAAACAAUUGUGACCAUAAGAAAUUCAUCAGCAAAAGUGGCAUCUGCUACGAAAGUGCUGACAUCUCCAUCUCCAACGCAAUCAGAGGUCAAAUUAGUUCCGUUAUCUAGUAUGAAUAACGAAUACGAACAACAGAUUCACCAAAAGACGACUGAUAUCAGACAUCCCUACAGAGAUAACAAUAUUAAAAAUAAAGAAAAAUGUAAUUACAAUUACGACUACAACAAAAAGUCAUUAGUUCGAAAAGCUGAUGACGAUAACCGCAUUGUAGAUGAACAUGACAUCAAACAUAUUUGUAGCCUAUAUCAACAUAUACUACAGACGCUACAGCGUCAUACUUCCACCCUACAGCGGACCCAGCCUCAGAGCGAGAGCCCACACAGCAAUGACCACCACAUAAAUAAUAACAAUGGCAAUUCGCCGAAACAGCAAACACAUUCGGUGAGGAAAAUUCGUCAACAACGCACUCGUCAAGUGAAGCAACAACAAUUAAAUUUAACAACAAACGCACCUGUUAGAGCAGCGAAAGUUGUGCCAGAAACCGAAAGCGAUUUGAUCGGCAAUGACACCGACUUUAAAAAAAUCGUAGUGUUUUCGAACCAAACAAUAAAAAAUAAAAAUGAUCCGUUACGAAAUUCGAAUAUUAUGCCGACGAUUCUGACAACUAGACCUUAUCCGGACACAACAAUGGAGGUAACACUAGAAGUCAAUAACCAAGAAAUUGUACACACCACAACAAAAGAGUUUUCGUUUCCAACGAUAUCACCAAAAACAACGAAAGCAAAGACGAAUAGACCUUCUCUAACAACGACACCACGGCCUAUUCCAUCCAUCGACGACCACCAGACGGUGAUCAGUCAGGCGGGCACACAUGCCUAUCUCCCGUGUAAUGUGAAGCAGAUCCUGAGAAAACCGAUAUCCUGGUUACGAAUACGAGAUGGACACAUUUUAACAGUUGAUCAGACGACUUUCAUAGCUGACCAAAGAUUCCAGCCAAUUUUCGCACCGAAACCUGAUCGUUGGUCGCUACAAAUCAAAUAUGUUCAACUUAAAGACGAAGGUACCUACGAAUGUCAGGUAUCUACGGAGCCAAAGUCGAGUGCCAUCGUCACAUUGCGGGUAGUUGAACCGAAAACGGAAUUAAUUGGUGAGCCCACACAACACGUCAAGGCUGGCAGUCAAGUGAAGCUGCGUUGCAUAAUUAGCCAGGCAUUGGACCCGCCAGUUUUUAUUAAUUGGUUCCAUAAUCAUAAGCAGAUUUAUUUGCAUAGUAGAAGGGCUUGGCGCAUGGAAAUCGAACGCAUCGAAUGGCCUAUUCACGAUUUCUCAACGACUGCGGCAGCAACAACAUCAACAGCUCAAGGCGAUAGUGCAGCAACAACUACUAAGCCAAUAGAUGCUGCUGCAGCCUCAUCAGCAAAGUCCAAGGCACCAGCCAUGCUCUUGGCUACCAACUUGGGAAAUGAAGAAAACAGCACGCAGGUAGUCCAAACGACAGUCAGGAACGUAGAAUUGACAACAGGAACGCCCUCGACCACUUUACCAAUUUCUCGUUUAGAUACAGACGUCGCGACGGACUUAGCGGACAGCGACGGUGGCUUUGAUUUUAGCACAGAGAACUCCACUUUCUCCCUCCUCCCCACCGUAACGGCGGCAAUGGACACCGUGUCAGCAGUAGUGCCAACCAAACUAAAGACGACUCAUUGUCCGACAACUACAUUAACAAUAACAACAAAGAUUACAAUGUUGGCAGCAGUGAAAGUACGAGAAGUAACGGCUGCAUCUUUAAUAAUACCAUCCGUGGAGAAAAAGGAUUCCGGCAAUUACACUUGCAGCCCAUCUAACAGUGCUCCCAAAACUGUUGUCCUUCACGUGCUGAAUGGCGAAUACUCGGCAUCGGCGAUAACGUCUGGUGUUAAUGAUAGGAUUAGCAUUACAAACCAAUAUACGUGGCGAGAAACACUCUUAGUUCUGAUAAUUUGGCAGUGGCACUAAAAAUUCACUGCAUUUUUACGCAAUUGCGGAUAUUUUUAUCGAGCAGAAUGAUGGCUACUCAUGGAAUCCACUAACCUCUGUUGAAUAACAAAGACAGAGUAUAAGAUUUAAUCGACUUAAGGGAUAUUCACAGAGCAUAAUAUUAUGAGGCAAAUAAUAUACAAUAUGCAUUUUGAUAAUAACUAGUAACCUCGUCGUUAAAUUAAUAUGUAAAGGGAAUUGAUUAUCGCUUCUGAAGACUUUGAAUAAUAAUAAUAAUA